AGUUUUAGUUUUUAAUUUGUCUUGUGUCUGUGCUUGAACCAGAGGCAGAAUAUCUGCUUCACUGAGACCAUAAACAUUCUUUCAGAACAGAAGAUAAAGGUGUGGUGUAGACACAGAAGUGUCUAAGAGAGACGGCAAGAGAGAGAGAGAGAGAGAGAGAGAGAGAGAAAGCACUGCUAAAAGGACAGAAGAUUAAAAGGUCAGACUUUGUGGUGUAAAGAUGGCCAGCGUUCCUGUACCUGUCACUAAUGUGGGAAGCGGCUACACCAUCAUCACUCAUGUCCUUCCCUCAUCUACAGCAGAACAGAAUUCCACUCAGACACUCGGCCCACUGAGCAAGUUCCUGAAAGGAGAACCCAAAGCUCUGGGGACUGUCCAGAUAAUGAUAGGUUUGUUGAUGGUUUUGUUUGGUAUCGUGUUGGCGCCCUACACUCUGACCAUCGGCAUAAUCUCCGGAGUCGUCUUCUGGAGCCCGGUGUUUCACAUCAUUUCCGGCUCUCUGGCUGUUUCAGCGAGCAACAAGUUAAACUCCUGUGUGGUGAAGGCCACAUUGACACUGAAUAUUUUUAGCACGCUAUCUGCAGGAAUCACCAUCAUCAUCCUGAUCAUGGAUCUGAUUUUUGGGAGUUUAGGAUACUGCUACUAUGACUACAAUUACAGAUGCAACUACGCCUUAGAGGGCAUGGGGAAGGGAAUAUCUGGAGUUCUGCUGGUUUUCACUCUGCUCCAGUUCUGCAUCUCUAUCGCACUUUCAGCCUUCACCUGCAAAGCCACCUGCACCAGUGAACCGACUCUGAACAUCAUCAACGUGGUUCCGAAUCCUGAGAGUUUUGCUCCUAGUAAUCCUGUGAACAACCCUUUCCCACCUCAUCACACUCAGCUGGGGGUCAAUACGAUGCACGGCGUCACCAUGGCUACAGCAGCCGGGGGAAAUCCUCCGGCGUACAGCGAGAAAAUGUAACCAGACCACAGAGAAGGAAUAAAAAUUAAAAAACGUUCAUUUACACUUUAACUCAAUAACACAAUCCCACUGACCAGAAAACACACAAUCAAGGACACUGAAAGCCUACAUCACACACACAUCACACACUAUACACAUCACACACACAUCACACACACUAUAUACAUCACACACACAUCACACACUAUACACAUCACACCCACUAUACACAC